AUGGAUUUCGCCCCCUACCAAGACCAAUCCCCCGAAACAUCGCGAGCGCUCUCACCACCCCCCGAGUCCCAACCGCGACGCUCCUUCUCCCCGCCCAACGGCCGGCGUUCCUUCUCCCCAGCUCUCGCAUCACCCACGAAUCCCACACCGCCCACUGCGAAUCCAUGGGCGCCUUCCUCCGCGACGGCGUUCGGAAACGAUGAUGUAGAGAGCGGGAGGACGGAUAGAUUGAAUGAGUUCGAGACGAGUUUGCCAAUUAGAUUGGAUUACGAGGCGUGUUUGGCGUAUUUGCUAUUACCGCCUGCUGGGGGUGUGCUGUUGCUUAUUUUGGAGCGGAAGAGUGAUUAUAUUCCAUGCAUGGCAAUCCUCGUUGCUGUUCACGGCCAUGUUCGUGCUACAUCUGAUAUUCUCGUGGUCGACGUUCCUUUCGUGGAUUAUAUUUAUAGCGGAUUUGGGGCUGAUCGGAUACUUGACGUUGAGGGCAUACCAAGAUGCGGAUACACUAGAUCGAUGUGA